AUGACCGAGGAUAUAUCUAAGGAUGAUUUGAUUCAGUGGCAAAAUUCAUCAAUUGAUGAUUUCGUUAAAAAUCUGAAACGAAUUAAUGAUAAUUUUGAAGAUUAUCAUGUAUUUGGCCAUAUUGAUGUCGAUAAUAGGGAUUGGAUACAAGCCAUUUUCUGUGAGCGUUUUCAAGAAUCAUCAGCAAUUCGUCAACAAAUCCUUCGCUUUUUGCGAAUUUUAGCGCGCGAUAGACAGAAUUUGGAUCGGUUGUUGUCUUGCAUCUUGGUACAGAAUGUACUUGGCGUUGGCCUCUUGGCUGAGCAGUCUUUUGAAUUUGAUUGGGAGUCAUUCAUCCAGGCUGAAAUGUGUCUCGUAAAUAUACUCUUCAACAGUAACCGUGCGAGAGACGAGUUUAAUGGAAUUGCUUCAAAUCUGCUACUUAAUCGAAUUAGAUUGUUGAUCGAAACCCCGAGAAGUUCCUCUCCGCAGCAGAACACUAAUGAAACCUCAAUUACUUUUCAAGAUACUGCCGUUUCUACAAAAUCAAAAAUUUUUGAAUUCCCAGUUAAAAUUCUGAGUAAUGAACAAAUAGAUUUGGUUACUUUUUACGAUCUCCGUAUUGCAUUUGUUGCAAGCGCACAAUCUAAAGAUUUACAGCUGCAAUGGUUAAAAAAUGGAUGUGAAGUUUUCCUGAAAGUACUGGAAAAAAGUUUGCAUUCUCCGGAACGACUGAAACAAAAUUCGCAUCGGAGUAGUUUUGUAGAACACACCAAUUGGGCGUUGAAAGUUUUGUUUAAUAUAUUUUGCUAUUCAUGGGAUGAUUCUGCAGAGUCAAAUGCAAAGCGAUGCAUGUCAUUAUGCGCAAAAAUUGUCAUAUUAGAAAAUGUUGACCCAUCGCUUGAGCAAUCCGCGGUAGAUGUAAUUGCGGUAUUGCCACUAUCAUACGAAUGGUUAACACCGAAAUUACAGCACACGGAGAUAGAGAAUUACGCAAAUGUAGUCCAUGGCGGACAUGACAUGACUUUUGCGGAUGCUGUACUUCAUGCGUUAGAACGACGACUGGAAGAGGAAAAUAACGAAAGAAACGAGCUCCUUGGCACAUUUUUAACCGUUUUGAUACGUCUAAGUUCUCAGGUGAAAGAGGCACGACGUUAUUUACGUUUAUUGGUUAUUCCACCACUUCAUGCUACCGAUGUUGAACGACGGCCGGAUGAUGGUGCUGAAUUGCGUAAUCGUAUGAUACGGUUGAUGAUGAGCAUUUCGAAUACUCAAGACUUGGCAGCUGAAUUCAUUUUCAUUUUGUGCAAAAAAAGUGUUAAUCGUUUCGUGAAAUAUUGUGGUUUUGGGCAUGCAGCUGGUUUGUUGGCUAAUCGCGGCAUCUUAAAUGCUUUAAAUAUCCCGAAACAUCAAUCGGAUAGCGAAGCUUCAGAAACAGAAGAUUAUAAAGCAGUUGAAACACAGGUAAAUCCAGUAACUGGUUGCAUUGAACCUGUGGGAGAAAGUCCGUUCACUGGGAUGACCGAGGAACAAAAAGAGUACGAGAUGCAUCGCUUGAUGAAUGAUAUUAAUAAGCUGAUGAAUCAAGGACUGAUAACUCCAGGUCAGAUCGGAAAAGAUGGGCAAUUAGCGCCCGUAAAACAUGUGCUGGAACUCGUCAAGGACUGUGAUGCGGAACCUGAUAAAAGUGAUAGCGAAGGUGAUGUUGGAUCCUAA